ACUUGGCCAUUUCAGUGGAACCCUAAAAAUUGAAAAGGGUGAGGUCUGAGAGGAGUGGGGGAGGCUCUACUAGGGUUUUGCGCUCAACCUCCCUCCACGGACGUUGACGACGCGGGCUGCCAUGGCGUCGUUGUGGCUAAGGUGGACGGUCGGCUAUGUAGAGGGAAGGAGAAAAUGGCUGCAGAGGGAAACGAAGAAAGGUGGAGGGUGGUUGCCGCCACUGGAAAUCGUUUCUGAUGGUGGUGCACGGUUCGUCACAGUCAGGCAUAGUAAGGGUUCACGGAAGAGACUAAAGGCCGACGAUGCUGCCACCAAAAAUUGCCUCCGAUGGCGGCGCAUGGUAGUGCACGGUGAUACUCGCGAUGGUCGGAAAUUGCCUCCGACAGCGGUGCAUGAUGGUGUUCACGGGAAGCACCGUUUCUCUGGUUGCCACAAAGGACGUAGAAUCACCAUUAACAAAGCUUGAUACGAGUUUGUCCAAGCUCAUGCUUUUGGAAGCAUAUAUGGUAGAAGCAUGCUCUUAGGGACAUGUUGGUGGCUAUGGCAGAGGUAAGCUUGUUGGAGGAGAAUUAACAGUACAAAAAAGUGUAGGAUGGCAAAGAUUUUGGGUGCAGAGAAAGAUUUGUUUUCUGAUUUUUUAUUAUUAUUUAUGAUUAUUGUGUAUAUUUUUUUUUGUUUAAAUCUAGUUUA